UCCAAGCUGGGAUAGACGCGGAGGAUCUAUUGCAUAUUGGAGUUACAUGGAUGGUUGCCUGAUAGUGCUCGCGUGUUUGGUGAAAGUAAGCAAGGUUGAUGUCACUGCUCAUUUUCAUCUGUAUUAGUAAUAAGAUCUAGUCAUCGGCUGAGAUUCAAUUUGUUUUGAUCCGAGCCUCGGUGCUCAACAUUUUGAACAAUUGGAGAACGGUUCUGUUCAUAUGACCAUUUUUUCUCAAGACUACUGGUUGCCGCCUGACCCCCAAAGAGCGCGGUCGGACGCGUCCCCGAUGAGUUCACCACUGCCAAGCCAACCUUUCGGCUCCUUAUACAACAACCAGAUCUCGGGCAUGGGCAGCUUGGGGCUCCAACAGUCGGCAGCGCGCGGCAUGGCGUCACGCGGCUUCGGCAACAACGGGCUGCCGGGUCACGUGACACCGACGUCAGCGGGCUUCGCGUCCGGCCUGGUGGGCGGGCUGCCGCAGCCGGGCCAGGCGUCUCCCAGCCGCGGCCUGCUGCCCAUCAGUAGCCGGGGCGGCGUCAUCGGCCCGCAGCGACCCAUCGGCAGCAUGGGCGACAUGAUGAGUCGACAGCCGACACUCGGGGUGGGCGGCGGCCGCUCGGGGCUGGGCUCGUUCGGCCUGACGGGCCGCCCGCUGGCCGGCCAGCCGUCCAUGAUGAAUGUGUUCGGUCCGCCGCUGAGCGGCGCCGGCGACACGGCGCCGCCCCAGCUCGACCUCUCCGAGUUCCCGAGCCUCUCCAACCGGGCGCACGGCGAGCCGCCGCCCAGCCCGGCCAUCUCGCGCACACCCUACGUCGGAAUGGUGAAGCAGCAGACGAGCGAGUCGUCCGAGUUCACGAUGUCGUCGGAGGACUUCCCGGCGCUACCCGGCAGCCAGCCGGAGCGGGCCAACCAGUCGGACCAGGGCAUGGAGAACUCGGGCACGCUCGCCAUCGGCGGCUCCUCUGCCAGUAAACAGCAGAAGCAAGGCAUCCAGACGCAUCCAGACGGCAAGGUGACCAAUAUCCCGGCGAGUAUGGUGGCCGACCAGUUCGGCAUGGUCGGCUUCCUCUCAUUCAUCCGGACGGCGGAGACGGACCAGAACAUCGUGCAGCUGGCACAGGGCUCCGACCUCACUACGCUGGGGCUCAACCUCAAGUCGCCGGAGAACCAGUACCUGACGUUCGGCGGCGCCUGGGCGGAGGCGCCCUGCCGAGCGCAGGACAUCGACUUCUACGUGCCGCGCGAGUACCUGACGAACGGCGUGACGAGGGAAAAGCUGGCACAGAUAUCGCUAAGCCGGUACGGGGAGGACCUGCUGUUCCACAUCUUCUACAUGAACGCCGGAGACGUCCUGCAAAUACUGGCCGCCAGGGAACUCUAUAACCGGGACUGGAGGUACCUGAAGGAAGACCGGGUGUGGAUCACACGAGCGCCCGGCCUGCCCCCUAUGGAGAAGACCAACACGUACGAGCGGGGCACUUACUACUAUUUCGAUGCGCAGAACUGGCGCAAGGUGGCCAAGGAGUUCUGCGUCGACUACGACAAGCUGGAGGACCGGCCCGACCGGCCCCACCACCCGUCCGCAUUCCCGGGCACCCAGUCGGUGUAGACGGCGCGCCGACGACCGACAAUUGGCCGGAGUCGCCCUCGCGCCACGCCCGCCCUCUAUCCUCACCCCCUCUCUGUCUGUCUCACGGUCUCACCGGGCCGGCCCGGGCCGGCCGGCGGCCGGC